AUGUCCUCCGACGCCUUCGGCGACCACGUGUCCAUUGUUGUUUUCGGCGCCAGCGGCGACCUCGCAAAGAAGAAAACGUUCCCUGCGCUCUUUGGUUUGUACAACCAAGGCUUACUUCCCAAGAACGUCAACAUCAUUGGCUAUGCUCGUUCGGAGUUGUCCAACGAAGAGUUGCGGGAGCGUAUCAAGUCGUUUUUGAAGUUCAAGGAUGACGCUGCCAAACUGAAGGCCGAUGGCUUCUUGCAGUUGAUCUCGUACAUCUCUGGCCCAUACGACAAGCCUGAUGGAUACCACAAGUUGGAGGAGGCAAUCUCCAAGUACGACCAAGAGAACAAGGUGCAGCAAUCCGAGAGAUUGUUCUACUUGGCAUUGCCGCCUUCGGUCUUCACCACUGCUGGUAAGAACAUCAAGGAGCACUGUUACCCAGAGGGCGCCCGUUUGCGCCUUAUUGUGGAGAAGCCUUUCGGCCACGACUUGGAGUCGUCGAGACAGUUGCAGAAGGACUUGGCUCCUCUCUUUUCCGAGGAAGAAUUGUACAGAAUCGACCACUAUUUGGGUAAGGAAAUGGUCAAGAACUUGUUCGUGUUGAGAUUCGGAAACGCCAUGUUGUCUGGUGUCUGGAACAACAGACACAUUUCCUCCGUGCAGAUCUCCUUCAAGGAGGCUUUCGGAACCGAGGGAAGAGGUGGAUACUUCGACGAUAUCGGCAUUGUUAGAGACGUCAUGCAGAACCACUUGUUGCAGGUCUUGACUCUCUUGACCAUGGACAGACCUGUCUCCUUCGACCCCGAGGCUGUGCGUGAUGAGAAGGUCAAAGCUCUUAAAGCUUUCAGCAUUGACAACGACAACAUCUUGAUUGGUCAGUAUGGCAAAUCUGAGGACGGCACCAAGCCUGGCUACUUGGACGACGACACCGUCAAGAAGGACUCCAAGUGUGUGACCUAUGCCGCCAUGGGUAUCAACAUCAACAACGAGCGUUGGGACGGUGUUCCUUUCGUUUUGAGAGCUGGUAAGGCUCUUGACGAGUCGAAGGUUGAGAUCAGAAUCCAAUUCAAGCAAGUUGCCAAGGGUAUUUUCAAGGAGAUCCAAAGAAAUGAGUUGGUCAUCCGCAUCCAGCCCAACGAGGCUGUCUACAUGAAGAUCAACUCGAAGAUCCCAGGUAUCUCCACCGAGACCUCGUUGACCGAGUUGGACUUGACCUACUCCUCCCGUUACUCUAAGGACUUCUGGAUUCCUGAGGCCUACGAAGCCUUGAUCAGAGACUGUUUCUUGGGCAACCACGCCAACUUCGUCAGAGACGAUGAGUUGGAUGUAUCGUGGCAAUUGUUCACACCUUUGUUGCAAUACAUUGAGGGUGAAGACCGUCCUGAGCUUGAGAUCUAUCCAUAUGGUUCCAAGAGUCCUAAGAGUUUAAAGAAGUUUUUGAUUAAGAACGGCUACGUUUUUGACCAUGAGGGAGCCUACCAAUGGCCUUUGACUACGCCCUCCGUUAAGGGUAAGAUUUAG